UCCUAACUCUCCAUCUCUCCAUCCACAGGAUUGGUGGCCGGGUGUGACUAUGGCGUUCUGCCCCAGAGAACAGUACUGGGACUCCUCAAGGAAAACCUGUGUCUCCUGUGCACUGACCUGCAGCCAGAGGAGCCAUCGCUCCUGCACAGACUUUUGCAAAUUCAUCAGUUGCCGAAAAGAGCAAGGCAAGUACUACGACCAGCUCCUGGGGGCCUGUGUCAACUGUGACUCCACCUGCUCACAGCACCCUCAGCAGUGUGCACACUUCUGUGAGAAAUGGCCCAGAAGCCAGGCAAACCUCCAGCCUGAGCUCAGGAGACCACAGGCUGGGGAGGUGGAAGCCAGGCCAGAUAACUCAGGAAGACACCAGGGAUCAGAGCAUGGUCCAGGAUUGAAGUUAAACAGUGAUCAGCUGACUCUCUACUGCACGCUGGGAAUCUGCCUCUGUGCCAUCUUCUGUUGUUUCCUGGUGGUCUUGGCCUCUUUCCUCAGGCGUAGAGGAGAGCCACUUCCCAGCCAGCCUGCCGGGCCGCGUGGGUCACAAGCAAACUCUCCCCACGCCCACCGCCCUGUGGCAGAGGCUGGCAACGAGGUGGCUGCGUCACCCCAGCCUGUUGAAACGUGUAGCUUCUGCUUCCCGGAGCGCAGUUCGCCCACUCAGGAGAGCGCACCGCGCUCACUCGGGAUUCACGGCUUCAUGGGCACCGCUGCCCCGCAGCCCUGUAUGCGCUCUUCGGUCGGGGGCGUGUGUGUCGUGCGCGCGCCCACCGGGGACGCGCGUCCGGGAGCUUGACAGCCAGAAAAAUAAAAAGACAAUUUAGAGGAUGGAGUGGCAGAGGGGGAAAGAGAUGGAGAAG